UUGCACAUGUUGAUGUGGCAUUAUUAGUAAAAAGAAAAAUCGAAAUAACAAGAAAGUAAAAUAAAACCUAAAAAGGAAUGCAUUAUGUAAGAAGUAAAAUAAUUUACAAAUGAUCAUUAGUCACUGAGAAUUAAGCUGAUUCGUUCCGCCAUUUUGAACUAUACCGUGCUUUAUCGUGGCAAAAUAUUCUGUUCAAGGAGGGAACCACGGAGGGAACUGUCAGUACAUGUAUACAUACAUCUGUAAAUUCGUAUUACGACGCGUGCCUUUCCACUUUCGAACCUCAAUCGUCAUUUUUACCACUUACAUCACAUCUGCCGAUUUAAAUAGUAAAUUAACUUUUACAAAAGUACACGUAGGUUGCACAUUUAAAUCCGUAUUCGUCUUAAGCUUUUUCAAAUUUUAACAAAUAUUGCAAAGAUAAUGCGAGAUGUAUCUUCAUUAUAGCAGUUUUAUCUUAAAAUUAUUCGAUAAUCUAGCUAUUGUGCAACUUAUAUAUUAAAUUGCAUACAAAUUGUAAUUUACAAAUCAGUGAUCAGGAAGAUUUUUAAUCGUGUGGAAUAUCAGUCUGAAAAUACUGGAAGAAGAAAGAUCUUUCGAUCGUCUGAAAAGAAUAAGCAGAAAUGGAAAACAGCUGUAUAACGGAAAAUGUACCUUAAGUGAAAAUAAUGCAGAUAGCUUUGAAAACAUGAAAUACUCAAUGUUGCAAGAACAAGAAUACGGGGUAGGUUUACCUCAAAAUGUGUCCAGUGAAAUGAACGAAUGUGUGAUGGUCGAUACAAAUCCUAUGGAAAUAGACAGCAGUUCUUUGGAGGAAGCUUCUGUGGUAUCUAAUCUUCCUCUUUUAUUUGCCAAUGGACAUCCAACGUCAUUGGAAAAAAUUACUAUGGCACAAUUAGAACGUUUUAUUACAUUCAUGGUUAAAUGCUCCUUGGGUCAUGAUACUAACGAAGUGAUCAGUGAACCUAGGUGGUGGCCAAAAGAAGUUAAAUUUUCAAAUCCUUUAACAAGACCUAAAAGAGUAAACGAUAGCUGGAUGGCCAAUUUAAAAAAAUUAGUAUUCAGAUGUUAUACAUACCAUAGAAGUGAAUAUCUCUUACGUUUUUGCUCAUAUCUUGCACGGUACUCGCAAGAAGAUCUACAAUAUGUUAAUAAUUGGGACUCUACAACAAGUUUGUAUCACAAAAGUACUGGCAAGCUAUUAGUAACAUUUCGCAAUGAAAAUAUGAAUUAUGAUAGAACAUGUGAAAGUCCACGAAAGAAGUUGUUAUCUUGUAGAGGAGUAAUUUCUUCCUAUACGAAACAGCAACAGCAAGAGCAUUCUGUUAUGAUGAAUCAUACACCAACAGGAGAUAUUUAUCUAUGUGAUAAUUGUGAUGCGGAAUUUAUAGGCCUAGAGAAAAUGAAGGAACAUGAAAGUGUAUGUUAUGAACAAGAACAUAACGGAAAUAAUUCUCGAUCUACAACUCCGGACUUGUCGAUUGUAGAGCCUGAAUUAAGGCAAAACCAGUUCUUGGAAUAUUUUCACUUGUGUUCAGUGAAAUCGGAAUCAGAAGCGAAAGCGGAAUCAGAAGCGAAAGUGGAAUCAGAAACGAAAGCGGAAUCAAAAUCGAAAUCAGUUGAAAUUCACAAUAAUGCUACAGUUAAUAAUAACAGUAAUAUCAUUAGCCGAACUUCCCGCCGUGUUCGAGGGUUUGUAAAUUUUACAAGAUGUCCGACUAUUCCUUUUUCUUCUCCUGCUGGUAUAUUAUUAGCUAAAAGGUCCAAGGCAAUGACAGAAGAAACGCAACAAGAAAGGCUAGAAAGGAUAGAAAGACACCUCAUUGCUCCUGUCUUAAACAGCUCGUCUAAACCAAAGUGGUUGGAAGCAGAUGUUGAUAACGAUAAAUGGAGUGUUACAUAUAAACCAAAUCGAGAUAAACUGGCAUGCGAUUAUGUGCAUCAAUAUAAAUUUGUAAAUUCUGUUAAAAAGAAACCAAUGUUGAGCAUACAAUCACAGUUAUUGUAUGUUAUUUGUCGACCUGCUUUUGUUAUUCUAAAUCGACUGACCCAGAAACAAAUACAUGAUGUUAAACAAAAUCAGCCAAAAUAUCAAUGUCUUAUUCAAAAUGUUUCUAUCGUAAGCAAGAAAAUGAUAACCCAUAGUGAAGGAAAAACAAGACCAAAUGUUCCUUCAAAACGUAAAGCUCCAAGUGACGAAAGUGACAUAAACACGAUAAAAGAAAAUGUAGAAAAGGUAGUUGGCAAUGAAGUUAUCAAUGUAGAAUUAAUUGAUUUUGGAGGUAAAAGUUCUUCUGGCGAAAAUAAUACGACUACCACUCAUUCAAUUAAAGAGAUCGCAUCGUGUAUAAGACCGUCGAAAGCGAUUGCAGUGAUCGAUCUAUGCUCUUCGGAUGAGGAAGAAAAUACAUGUACUCCUGCAUCUUCGAACGAAAAUAAAGAUUCAAUGAAUUGUUUAUCUCAUGAUGUCAAAGAUGUAACAGAAUCAUUCUUAGAAAAAUUUUCUUCAACUAAAUUUCAGUUGAAACAUCAAAAAUGCGAGUGGCUAUCGGAUAAUAUUUUAAAUAACGAUGUUGAAAAUUAUACAGACAAGUACCAUAGUACAAUGUUAAAUACAUUUACAAAUUUAUCCCCAAUCCUUAGACCAGCACCAUAAAAUGAUUAUUCAGUAUAUAGUAUUCAUUGUAUGCGUGUUAUUACAUUUAUUACAAUAUUUAUUAUUUCACUUUUAUAUGAUUUUAAAAUGCGUAAAAUAAUGUUGCAUCAUAAUGUUUUAUUAUUUGCAGUAAACAGUUAAUUAUUACAAAAAUCUCUCAAUUGUAAAGUAACAAACUCGGUAUUUUCAUUAAAGGGAAAUGUCAAAUGAUAUUUGUUAUAUAAUAAAAAAUAAGCCUACGCAUUUUUAUAUAUUAUAUACUAUAGAAAAAGAAAAGAAGUUAAGGAAAAGAAAUAAAAUUGAGAUGAAUUGUUAAUUUUCUUUAUAAUCAACUUCGUUAAUGUACCUUAUUGUAAGAUUAUUGUAUUUGUAUUUCUUUUCCAUUUAUAUUUUAACAGACAUUUUUGUCUUACUUAAAAAUGCAUAUAUAUUUAAAAUCAAAUAAUAAAUUACACUUUUCAUUCUU